CCGAGGGGAGGCUGGAUCGCCCGGGAUUCCCUGCAGAACUGUCUUCGCCCCCGGCUUCUAGUCUCCAGCCGGCGGUCGCUGACCCACUGCACCCGCCGGUGAGUGCUUGAGCCGAGGCCACAGCCUCGCUCCCCUCGGUCCCUCACCAGCGUGGCGAAGCCCUGGCCCCCGCGAUGUCCCAAGCCCAGUCCUUCCCGGCUCCCACCGAGCCCACCCCGGCGACCCGCGAAGCCCGGGCAGUGGAGGAGGUGGGCUUGGCGUGGAGGCUACACGGGGAAUGCUGCACUGGUCGCUCAGAAUCGUCCCUACCCCGACGGUUCUGGGACCUGGCUUGAGAACGCCCCAGAUGGGGAGUGGGAAGCGCGGCCGAAGCGACGGCACCUGCCCAGCAUAAGCUCUGGAGCUGGCGGGGCGCACACAGCGGCGGUGACGCUGACGUCGGUCCCUUUUCCCUGCAGGUUAAGACUGCGCGCAGGACGAUGUACCAGAGCUUGGUGCUCGCCGCAAGCCCUAGCCAGACCUCUUACGCCGACUCGAGCGCCUUUCUGCACGCCCCGGGCUCCAGCUCCCCGAUGUUCGUGCCGCCGGCGCGCGACCCUUCGAUGCUGCCCUAUCUGCCGGCGUGUGAGCCGGCCCCGCAGCCUCCUGCGCUCGCUGCACAUCCCGGCUGGGCGCAGGCAGCCGUGGCGGACUCUUCGGCCUUCGGCUCCGGCAGCCCGCAGCCGCCCGGAAACACCGCCUUCUUUUCUCACAGUUCCCCGGGGCCCGGCAGCGGCUGCAGCUCGGGGAGCCGGGACGGCAGCACCUACCAGGGCGCGCUGCUGGCGCGAGAACAGUACCCGGUCCCGCUUGGGCGGCCCGUGGGCGCCUCGUACCCCACCGCCUACCCAGCCUACGUGAGUCCAGACGUGGCCCCGUCCUGGACUGCCGGAUCCUUCGAAAGCAGCGUCCUGCACGGCCUCCAGGGCCGCUCGGCCGGCCUCCCGGGCCGCAGAGCCGCUUUCGUGUCCGACUUCUUAGAGGAAUUCCCUGGCGAGGGUCGAGAGUGCGUCAACUGCGGGGCCCUGUCCACACCACUGUGGCGCCGUGACGGCACUGGCCACUACCUGUGCAAUGCCUGCGGCCUCUACCACAAGAUGAACGGCGUCAACCGGCCACUCGUGCGGCCCCAGAAACGCCUGGUGCCACGGCCCCUGGCGAUGAAGAAGGAAAGUAUCCAGACUCGGAAACGGAAGCCGAAGAAUGUUGCAAAGACCAAGGGUUCCACAGGGUCUGCAGCGAACACCACAGCCUCCCCCUCCACGGCCACCAGCGCUGAGAGCUCAGUGGCCACUUUGAAGUCCGAGCCCAGCCUGGCAUCCUCGAUGUGCCCUGGGCCCAGCAUCGCCUCCCAGCCCUGGGCCCUCAGCCCAGCCUCGGUGCAGCCCUGCGCCAGGAGGCCUGGUGUGCGCUGGCCCUGGCCUAGAUGUCCGGACACACGAGCAUGGGGGGAGCCCCCUGGAACAGAGCACUCGCUGGAUUCACCUCCGUGCCUGCUUUGCUCAAGCACAGCGAGAGGCCACCAAGCCCACCCAUCAGACGAGACCCGGGUUCUCAACGCAGCCGCAAAGGGCUUUCUCUGCACACGGCAGCUGCAUCCCAGAGCAAGAAGGUGGCUGGUGGGAGAAGGGCCCCCACCCCUGGACAGCAAGGGGCUCCCCAGGCACUGCACGAGGCUCUGGACUUCGCUGGCCACUGUGCAGCAGAGGCCAGCCAGGACGCCCCCACCAGCUUGAAUUCUGUCAUGGUGCUCACCGUUGACAUGUUUACAGGUUGCAGCAGCUGGAGGAGAAAACCCAAGUGAAAUGCCCGAGCCCCAGCAGGGAACAGAAAUGAGAGGAGCAGCAACUCAGGGCCUAAGACCUCAGGGUCGGACCCUCACUUCCCACAUGUGACAGGUGGAGCCGUGGCACAGACCACUUUCUCUCCUUGUGCGCACAGGACUGCCAAGGCCAGGAUGCCACCCCGAGGGGAAGCCAUUCACAUGGUCGCCAUCAUGAACUGUAUUUAUUGGGACAGUUUUUCCAGAGGGGGCAGUAAAGGCCCUGUUCUGACCAAAUCUGUGUAAAGUGUCUGGGAGUCCUGUCCAGGGCAACAUGGCUACAUGUCCUGGUUUAUCUGGGACUGUCCCAUUGGAUCUGUUGUUCCAGCAGAAUUAUUGGUGACACUCCCUUCAACUUGAAAGCCCAACACACCUGCGGAUGAGCCUGGAACAGAUCCUGCUGCUAGAAACCCCUCUAUCUAGGGAGUUAAUGUCAGGGUGGUGUUGGGUAGUAGAGGGGCCAGGGCACCCCAACCACAUGCCCACAGAGAGGCUCCAUCUUCACAUCUGUACCAUUGCUGCCUUUCAUCAACUGGGUGAUGACACCCAGUUUUUCCAGGGAAGCCAGAAACCUGGGGCGGGUAGGGGGAGGUGAUUGGUGAAAUCUUCCAAUUUAAAGCUUUUUUUUUUUUCAACUUUGAUUUUUGAAAAACUUUAGAAUUUGAUUCAGAAAUCUUUUAAAUAGUGUAAGCCAACAAAAGUAGCUGCAGGCUACCCUAUUAAAACUUCCA